ACGAAGGGAGUUGGUCUUCUUGAUAUCUUGGAUAUCAUGCUUCUUACACCGCUACAACGUGGCGCCUGUAAAGUUUUGUAUAGGAUUCCGAAUACCAAUGAUCAAGUUGAGCGCUCCAGAGAACCCUUCAUUAUUAUUUGCGUCAAACCAGACGUAAUAUAGAGAGACAAGACAAGGUUCUCGUUCUGCUGGGGUAACGGACCAAGACUGGCAGUGAGAAGUUGUCCGACGUCAGAAACUACUCCCCCAAGUGCACAGCGCGACGUAGAGGACACACCAUGAUGGAGAAGCCUCCAUUGCCUAGCGAUGAGGAGGGUACUAGGAUGGGAGAGAGUCGGUCGGAGGCGGAGCUCCUGGUCUUGGGAGUGCAGGAGACCUCCGGGGGCGUGGCGUCGUCUGGGGAUGCAGACGACCGCCCGGCGUGGGACAGCAAGCUGCAAUAUGUACUGGCUCAGGUGGGCUUCAGCGUGGGCUUGGGGAACGUAUGGAGGUUCCCCUACCUCUGCCAUCAGAAUGGAGGAGGCGCGUUCAUGGUGCUCUAUGUCAUGCUGUUGGUGGUGGUGGGGGUUCCCCUGUUCUUCAUGGAGCUGGCUGCGGGCCAGUGCAUCCGUCAGGGCAGCAUCGGUGUGUGGAAGCACAUAUCCCCCAAGCUGGCCGGUAUCGGCUACUCCAGCUGCAUGGUGUGUUUCUUUGUGGCUCUCUACUACAAUGUCAUCAUCGCAUGGAGUCUCUUCUACAUGGGCAACUCCUUCCAGUAUCCUCUACCCUGGGAGCAGUGUCCCAUCAACAUGACCACCAAUAACACUGUAAAGGAAUGCUCAGGUAGCUCCCCAACCUCAUACUUCUGGUUCCGGAAGGCUCUAGACAUCACAGACUCCAUCGAUGAGUCUGGUGAGUUUAACCCCAUCAUGACGGGCUGUCUGCUGGCUGCCUGGGCCAUCGUCUGUCUAGCCAUGAUCAAAGGCAUCAAGUCCUCUGCUAAGGUGAUGUAUUUCUCCUCAGUCUUCCCCUAUGCUGUGCUGUUCAUUUUCCUCGUCAGAGGCUUGAUGCUGGAUGGAGCCAUGGAGGGAAUCGCCUACAUGUUCUACCCUAAAAUAGAAAUUUGGGCUGAGGUGCAGGUGUGGCGGCAGGCAGCCACACAGGUGUUCUUUGCCCUGGGCCUGGGCUACGGCUCUGUGAUUGCCUAUUCUUCCUACAACCCCAUCAACAACAACUGUCACCGUGACGCGCUCAUGGUCUCCUGCAUCAACUUCAUGACCUCAGUGCUUGCAUCACUGGUGGUAUUCAUAGUGCUGGGCUUCAGGGCCAAGAACAUUGUCCUGAACUGCAUCACCCAAAAUCUGGGCCUGUUAAACGACAUGGCCACACAUGGAAGCAACCAUCACUGGUGGCCGUGGUUCAACAUGUCUGAUCCUGCCUCCGUCACCAUACCUGACUACAGAGAGUGGUACCAUCACUACGGCUCCCAGGUGGGGACAAACAUCACCGACUGUGACCUGGAUGAGGAGAUGAGCAAGGGUGUGGAAGGGACGGGCCUGGCGUUCAUUGCCUUCACAGAGGCCAUGGCCCAGUUCCCUGCCAGCCCCUUCUGGUCCACGCUCUUCUUCCUCAUGCUGCUCAACCUGGGCAUGAGCACCAUGUUCGGCACCAUGCAGGGGAUCCUCACCCCCCUCAUGGACAACUUCAGCCUGCUGGGACGCCACCGGACCAUGCUCACUGUGUGCAGCUGUGCUCUGGGCUUUGUGAUCGGACUUUUGUUUACCCAGCGCUCUGGGAAUUACUUUGUGACGAUGUUCGAUGACUACUCUGCCACCCUACCCCUGAUCAUCGUGGUGGUCUUUGAGACAUUCGCUGUGGCCUGGGUGUACGGAGCUGACCGCUUCUUGGAUGACAUUGAGAUCAUGCUGAAAUGGCGCCCCCCGGUGCUGUAUAAGUACCUGUGGAAGUACGUGUGUCUGUUUGCUAUGGUGGGCCUGCUGGCGGCAAGUCUACUGCGAAUGGUCUUCAAACGACCGACCUACACAGCCUGGAACCACACCACGGCAUCGGAGACAACUCUGGAGUACCCAGGCUGGGCCCUGGCCAUGUUGGCCAUGCUGAUCCUGGCUGCCACCCUGCCUGUCCCUGUUGGCUACUUCCACUCCUGGCUGAAGAACCGUGGCAUGGGCCCCGAGGGGGAGCUCGCGGGCCAGGAGAUAGACCGAGAGAGGUACACCAAGUGCAACUCCAGAGACGCCCUGGACUCCAACUCCCAGCAUACCCCUUCGGUGGAGGAUGAUGGCCGACCCAGGGCUAGCUUCCUACCACUAGGCCUCGACCACUACAGACUCCUCCCACAACAGGAAGAUGUGGAGGAGGAGGAAGAGGAUACGAUGUGAGAGAGGGGUUUGAGAAUCGAGGGACGAAGAGAGGAGAGUGGCAGUGGAAAAGAGAGACCCACUUUAGAGAGAGAGAGAGAGAGAGAGAGAGAGAGAGCGUCUCUUGACUGAAAUAGUGGAAAGGACUCCACUUAUAUCCCCAGACUUUUAAUUGAUAAUGAAUCUUAAUAAUGUAUUACAAUGUAUAUGACCGUUUAUCCAUAUUACCAAAGAAACCUAACAUUAGCACAAUGUAAUAACCUGUAUCCUUAGUGCCAACGCACACCUAUCAGUGACCUAUCAUAAGUGACCUAUCAUAAGUGACUUAUCAAACUUGACCUAUCAUAAGUGACCUAUUAUAAGUCACCUAUUAUAAGUCACCUAUCAUAAGUCACCUAUCAUAAGUCACCUAUCAUAAGUCACCUAUUAUAAGUGACCUGGGGUGGCAGGUAGCCUAGUGGUUAGAGUGUUGGGCCAGUAACUGAAAGGUUGAUGGAUUGAAUCCCCGAGCUAAGAAGGUAAAAAUCUGUCAUUCUGCCCCUGAACAAGGCAGUUAACCCACCUUUCCCUGGUAGGCUGUCAUUGUAAAUACGAAUUUGUUCUUAACUGACUCGUCUAGUUAAAUGUACUAUUUAAAAAAACAAUCAUAAGUGGCCUAUUAUAAGUGACCUAUCAUUGUACUGCUAAGUACUGUAAGAAGUGCCUUAUGGUUCAAGUGCUGUAUUAACACACCUUGAACUGUGAUGAGUGUUUCAACUAGCUGCUCACAGGUAAAUGAUAUGUAUGACUUGUAUUCUUGGGUUUCUUGUAGUUUGACUUGAUUCUGCUCCAAAGACACCUUAUGAAGGUGAGGAGUAUUGAGGGAAGCGAAGGACUUUAAAGUCCAGCUUGUAUAUUGCAUAGUAAUACUCUUGUAAGACAAGUAGAGGCUCUGAUCCAGAGAGCCACAAAAUAUAUAUUUGAUAUAUUCUGAUAUGCAGUUUUUUUAUUAGGGUGCUAAACUUAUUAGUUCAGGAAAGUAAGAAGCUGAAUUUGGGGCAAAGAUUGGGGAAGUUGUGCAGUGGUACUCGUUAUGACCAGUGACCGCCCAUAUACAAAGAUCCUGCCAAUGUAACUUCUAAAGGAUGUUUAGAAAAUAACAUGCCUUGUGUCUGAGGUUUUACUAAGUAGUAUGUGAUGGUAGUGAGAAACAGCACAAUCCCCAUAGCUGUGUGUUAGUAGUGUUAUUAGUAGUGCACUGACUGAAAGGGAACUUAACAUUCACAUCAUCUCCUGAUGCUGAUUGUUGCUUCUGACCCAACGUGUCUGUCUGUCAGAGGCCCCAUCAGGGGGCUGGUCACCAGGCAGAACCAAUGAGCUAAAGAGGCCCCAUCAGGGGGCUGGUCACCAGGCAGAACCAGUGAGCUAAAGAGGCCCCAUCAGGGGGCUGGUCACCAGGCAGAACCAGUGAGCUAGAGAGGCCCCAUCAGGGGGCUGGUCACCAGGCAGAACCAGUGAGCUAGGGAGGCCCCAUUAGGGGGCUGGUCACCAGGCAGAACCAGUGAGCUAGGGAGGCCCCAUUAGGGGGCUGGUCACCAGGCAGAACCAGUGAGCUAGGGAGGCCCCAUCAGGGGGCAGGUCACCAGGCAGAACCAGUGAGCUAGGGAGGCCCCAUUAGGGGGCUUUUCACCAGGCAGAACCAGUGAGCUAGAGAGGCCCCAUUAGGAGGCAGGUCACCAGGCAGAACUAGUGAGCUAGAGAGGCCCCAUCAGGGGGCUGGUCACCAGGCAGAACCAGUGAGCUAGAGAGGCCCCAUCAGGGGGCUGGUCACCAGGCAGAACCAGUGAGCUAGAGAGGCCCCAUCAGGGGGCUGGUCACCAGGCAGAACCAGUGAGCUAGAGAGGCCCCAUCAGGGGGCUGGUCACCAGGCAGAACCAGUGAGCUAGAGAGGCCCCAUCAGGGGGCUGGUCACCAGGCAGAACCAGUGAGCUAGAGAGGCCCCAUCAGGGGGCUGGUCACCAGGCAGAACCAGUGAGCUAGAGAGGCCCCAUCAGGGGGCUGGUCACCAGGCAGAACCAGUGAGCUAGAGAGGCCCCAUCAGGGGGCUGGUCACCAGGCAGAACCAGUGAGCUAAAGAGGCCCCAUCAGGGGGCUGGUCACCAGGCAGAACCAGUGAGCUAGAGAGGCCCCAUCAGGGGGCUGGUCACCAGGCAGAACCAGUGAGCUAGAGAGGCCCCAUCAGGGGGCUGGUCACCAGGCAGAACCAGUGAGCUAGAGAGGCCCCAUCAGGGGGCAGGUCACCAGGCAGAACCAGUGAGCUAGAGAGGCCCCAUCAGGGGGCAGGUCACCAGGCAGAACCAAUGAGCUAAAGAGGCCCCAUCAGGGGGCUGGUCACCAGGCAGAACCAGUGAGCUAGAGAGGCCCCAUCAGGGGGCUGGUCACCAGGCAGAACCAGUGAGCUAGGGAGGCCCCAUCAGGGGGCUGGUCACCAGGCAGAACCAGUGAGCUAGAGAGGCCCCAUCAGGGGGCUGGUCACCAGGCAGAACCAGUGAGCUAGAGAGGCCCCAUCAGGGGGCUGGUCACCAGGCAGAACCAGUGAGCUAGAGAGGCCCCAUCAGGGGGCUGGUCACCAGGCAGAACCAGUGAGCUAGGGAGGCCCCAUCAGGGGGCUGGUCACCAGGCAGAACCAGUGAGCUAGGGAGGCCCCAUUAGGGGGCUGGUCACCAGGCAGAACCAGUGAGCUAAGUGUCUAAUAAUAUAUUUUGUACAUAGUGUAUAUCCAGUUCAUAAGAAACACUUACUUGAAGCAGGAAUUGCAUUUUUGACUCUUACUUUCAAUGAGCUGCAACUUUACCUCCCUUAUGAUCUAGAGACCAUGGUGCAAAGUCUCAGUCCUCAAAGCAGACUACUCCUUUAACCUAAUCACACUGCCGUUCUGAUCCUAAUCAUACUGUUCUGGUUCUACUCCUUUAACCUAGUCACACUGUCGUUCUGAUCCUAACCAUACUGUUCUGAUUCUACUCCUUUAACCUCGUCACACCGUCGUUCUGAUCCUAACCAUACUGUUCUGGUUCUACUCCUUUAACCUGGUCACACCAUCGUUCUGAUCCUAACCAUACUCUUCUGGUUCUACUCCUUUAACCUCGUCACACCGUCGUUCUGAUCCUAACCAUACUGUCCUGGUUCUACUCCUUUAACCUCGUCACACCAUCGUUCUGAUCCUAACCAUACUCUUCUGGUUCUACUCCUUUAACCUCGUCACACCGUCGUUCUGAUCCUAACCAUACUGUCCUGGUUCUACUCCUUUAACCUCAUCACUCCGUCGUUCUGAUCCUAACCAUACUGUUCUGGUUCUACUCCUUUAACCUCGUCACACCGUCGUUCUGAUCCUAACCAUACUCUUCUGGUUCUACUCCUUUAACCUCGUCACACUGUCGUUCUGAUCCUAACCAUACUGUUCUGGUUCUACUCCUUUAACCUCGUCACACCGUCGUUCUGAUCCUAACCAUACUGUUCUGGUUCUACUCCUUUAACCUCGUCACUCCAUCGUUCUGAUCCUAACCAUACUGUUCUGGUUCUACCCCUUUAACCUGGUCACACCGUCGUUCUGAUCCUAACCAUACUGUUCUGGUUCUACUCCUUUAACCUCGUCACACCGUCGUUCUGAUCCUAACCAUACUCUUCUGGUUCUACUCCUUUAACCUCGUCACACCAUCGUUCUGAUCCUAACCAUACUGUUCUGGUUCUACUCCUUUAACCUCGUCACACCGUCGUUCUGAUCCUAACCAUACUGUUCUGGUUCUACUCCUUUAACCUCGUCACACUGUCGUUCUGAUCCUAACCAUACUGUCCUUUCCAGGCCAAUUCAGCUCGGCUCGGAUCAACUCCAUAGUGUGAAAAUUGAUUUUUCAUCCUUCCCUUGUUACCAGAGAUUGAUUUGUCGCUGGGAAACUAGGUGUGUGCACACGUCAGCCAAUCAUUAGUUGAUCAUAAGUACCAGGGAGAAACACUAACCUAGCAGGACUGUGGAUGUCGAGGGCCUGAGUUUAUGCACCCUUGAUCAAGACAAUCAAAUGUUACUGUAUUUCUCAGUGUUGAGUUUACCAAGGUCAACUGUUACUGUAUUUCUCAGUGUUGAGUUUAUCCAGGUCAACUGUUACUGUAUUUCUCAGUGUUGAGUUUUCCCAGGUCAACUGGCUAACUCAUUGAUCCUGCCUUGUGAGUUUACCACCCAGCUCUGCCCAUUCAUGUCAUUAGAUAUAAACUGGGAUUUCUGAGUGCUCUGCACAGCUAUAACCAUCAAAGCAAAGCUAGUAGCAGCAAUGGAGACUGCAGAGAGAACAGAAUCCUCCACCGUUACAACUGGGGCGUAGACUUCACAAUGAUUGUCCAAACAUUAUCAUGGCAACACAGCGUGACUUAGGCCUUAUUAGUAACUGUAAUGAAAUAACAAAUGUUCUGAUUUAAUACCAGACAUGCACCCAGCUACAGUCCUCUUCCACUGAUUUUCCAUUGAAAUAGUGUUUGAAAUUAGUAUUUGAAAAAAAUACAAAUUCUAAUUCAUAUGAAAAAGGGAAUCCAAAAGUAGUGACAAUUCCAAAACUUGUUUACGACCCUGUUAUGACAUGGUAAUUACAGCUUAUUUCAUUGGUAGUUAAUAUGGUAUAACAAGGCUAAGCCUAUAGUGUCAAGUGUGGCCGGAAACAUUACUGUACUAGAAGGAUUGGUACACUUGUAGUCCCACAGUCAAACACACUCCAGGUCAGGGAUGGGCAACUCCAGUCCUCCAGGGCCUGAUUGGUGUCACACUUUUCCCCAUCCCCAGCAAACACACCUGACAUCAAAAUCAUGAUCUUCAGUUUAGAACGCAAUUAGUUUAAUCAGCCGUGUUUGCUAGGUGUGGGUGAAAAGUGUGACACCAUCCCUGCUCCAGGGGAAUAGAUUUGCCCAUUCCUGCUCCAAGGGAAUAGAGUUGCCCAGCCCUGCUCCAGGGGAAUAGAGUUGCCCAUCCCUGCUCCAGGGGAAUAGAUUUGCCCAUCCCUUUUCCAGGGGAAUAGAGUUGCCCAGCCCUGCUCCAGGGGAAUAGAGUUGCCCAUCCCUGCUUCAGGGGAAUGGAGUUGCCCAUCCCUGCUCCAGGGGAAUAGAGGUGCCCAUCCCUCCUUCAGGGGAAUGGAGGUGCCCAUCCCUGCUUCAGGGGAAUAGAGUUGCCCAUCCCUUCUCCAGGGGACUGGAGUUGCCCAUUCAUGCUCCAGGGGAAUGGAGUUGCCCAUCCCUGCUUCAGGGGAAUGGAGUUGCCCAUCCCUCCUCCAGGGGAAUGGAGUUGCCCAUCAUUGCUCCAGGGGAAUACAGUUGCCCAUCCCUGCUCCAGGGGAAUACAGUUGCCCAUCCCUGCUCCAGGGGAAUAGAGUUGCCCAUCCCUGCUCCAGGGGAAUGGAGUUGGCCAUCCCUGCUCCAGGGGAAUGGAGUUGCCCAUUCAUGCUCUAGGGGAAUGGAUGACAAAAAGUGAGGGAGACUGAAAGACAGAUACGCAGUCCUGGGUUCAAGGACACGCCCUGAGAUAGAUGAACUGCAGGAUGCUGGGUUGUAGUGAUUAGGGCACAGCGUAGAAAAACGUUUUGCAACUAUGAACAAUUGUUUCUUAUUGUUCAGGUAUCCGUCCCUGUUUCAGUCAGUUUUCUUCUGUUUGGUGCAUAAUAAACACUACCCUGUUGAGACAGUGAGAGGCCACAUUGUCAUCGAGACUCCGCACUCCAGACAAUCAAGGCAGCUUUGUGUUUGUUUUUGUGUGUGAGUUCAUUACAGCACAUUCUUACCAACACCAAAGAGGUUUGCAUGCAGUGUUUUACUGUAUAUUGUGAAAAAGCUUGUGCUAUUAUGCUGCAAUUUCAGCUUAGCUUGAUCCAUGUUGAGGAUGGGUUUGCAUGGACACCACCUUGGCCUUGUUAGCUCCCUAGGAACUGUGAUUAUGUUUGUGUGUAUGCCUCUGACUGAAUCAAUGUCAGUGUAAAACUGAGUGUGUGUUUGUGUCUGUCUGUCUGAAUAUAUAUAUGUAUGAGUUGUUUUGAAAGAUGUCUUACCUCAAGUAUGUAUGUGUUGUUGUCAAAAGAGAGGAUUGUACUGUAUAUACCAAAUAAAGUAUACUUUUGAACAGGUGA